GCGCGGCACCUAGACCCGGGCCCGGCCGCCCCCGCCGCCCGCCCGGGGGCCCCGUGUGCGCCUGCGCGCUCGCGCUCCCGCCCUCUCGCGGCGCUCGGCUGAGUCAGUCAGUCUGUCGGAGUCUGUCCUCGGAGCCGGAGGUGUGAACGGACUUCGCAGCGCGCCGGCCGCCCGGUUCUCUUCUCUCCCCUCCCUCUCUCCCGCCCCGCAUCUCUCUUCGCCCCCUUCUCCCGCCCCUGCUUGCGCAGCCAUGGCGGACUCGUCGGCGGCCACCCAGUCCCCGUCCAUCUCCUCGUCGUCCUCCGGGGCCGAGCCGUCCGCGCCCGGCGGCGGCGGGAGCCCGGGCGCCUGCCCCGCCCUGGGGCCGAAGAGCUGCGGCUCCUCCUGUGCGGAUUCCUUUGUUUCUUCCUCUUCCUCUCAGCCUGUAUCUCUAUUUUCGACCUCACAAGAAGGAUUGAGCUCUCUUUGCUCUGAUGAGCCACCUUCAGAAAUUAUGACUUCCUCCCAUUUUUCAUCUGAAAUACUUAAAACUGACCAUACAGCACUGCUUGGAGAAAAAAGCAAAACAUUAGGCAGCCAGCCUGUUUUAGCCAAAGAGGGAAAGGACUCUGUGGCCCUUCUAGAUGUGCAAAGGAUGGAAAAGCCUCAGGGGGCCAGUAAAGACAUAGUGGAACCCCCAGUUUCUGUGGCAGCAGGAGUUCCCUGUAACCAGCCUUCCAUUCCAGCCACUUCCCCAGAUCAGGCUACUUUUCCCUCAAAGGAAGCUGGUCAGAUAGAACAACAAAUAAAUAAAGAUCAAGACUCCAAGAACCCAAAUCAAGUACUGACUGGGGGCGAUAAAACUACAUUGGCUGCUAAUGACAGGUUUACUUUGCUCCCAGCCCAGAAACCACCCACAGAGCUGUCUAAGGCCGCAGGAAUUUGUUCCUAUACUUUGUCCCCAUCUGAAGCUACAGGAAAUAGUGUUUUUGAAAAAGAUUCCCCUGAAUCGCCGUUUGAAGUAAUUAUUGACAAAGCAACAUUUGACAAAGAAUUUAAAGACUCGUAUAAGGAGAGCGCAAAUGAUUUCGGUAGCUGGGCAAUGCACGCUGAUAGAGAAUCAUCCGCGGACAUUUUGGAAUCUAAUGACAAAGUAUUUCCAUUGAGAAGUAAAGAGGCAGGGCGUUACCCAGCCUCUGCGUUGCGCCCCAGACAGUUUUCACACACAAAUGCAGCACUGGAAGAGGUGUCUAGAUGUGUGAAUGAUAUGCAUAACUUUACUAACGAAAUAUUGACGUGGGAUUUGGAUCCUCAAGUGAAACAGCAGAGUGAUAAAUCAGACCGCACCACAAAAGCUACAGGAUCUGACAGGAGUGGCUAUGAUUCAGAAAUUCCAGUCAUAAAUCUGAAAGCUAACACUCAUCAGAAAAUUCCUGUAUGUUCCAUUAAUGGGAGAACUCCCACCACUGCCUCUACAGGUGACGGGGCAGAGGCAUCAAUCACUCAAGAAAAGGCUGUAAUUAAAAAAUCUAUGGCAGGCUCUCCUAAUUGCACAAAGGAAAUCAUUAUCACAGGCACACCAGGCGUCAUCCAAAACCAAGGUGACACACUUUCAGAGUCAUCGGAUUCUUCAUUAGAAAAAUAUGCAUCUUUGGGUUCUGGAGUGUCCACAGUGAAACUGGUUUUGCCUGAUGACCACAUGAAGGGUGAAAUGCCCUGGCAGAACUCCGUUUUGGGAGACGUGGCAGAGGCUGAUAGUUCUGGUGAAUCUGAUGACACAGUAAUAGAGGACAUCACAACUGAUACAGCCUUGGAAAAUAACAAAAUCCAGGCUGAAGAAUCUGUCCCCGUUCCAUGUGCUGCUGUCGAAACUGAUGAGAGGGACCUCAAGGAGAUCCCCAGUUGUAAUAAAGUAAGCAAAACCGCAGAAGUGUCUGAAGGGUUUGUCAGUUUUCCUGGUGAGUCACCAUGUUCACAGGUACCUGAAAUGAACCUCCACUCAGAAGGUGUGAAGCAGCUGGGGGGUCCUGUGAGUCCAGUCAUUCCUGAAAAUCCCAUUAAAACCGAGAACCCCAAACUGCCUUCAGCAGCAUCUCCAACUGGUUUUAAUAAGCCAAACUCCCCAGUAAAUGUGAAAUCCUCUGCCUAUUUGGAGUUAUUAAAUGAUGAAAGUGUUAAGGAUAUAGAUGAUUCUUCCCCUGAAGACCUGAUAGCUGCCUUUACAGAAGACAGAGAGAAAGGAAUAGUAGAGAAAAGUGAAGGGAACACUUUUGAAGCACUGUCAGAGACUGCGAAUGCUAAGGCGCUUCUUUCCACAGGUAUCUCACACGAACAUGAAUUGCAUGAUUCUAAAAAUAAAGAUAAGAAAAAUCAAUGCAUCGAACAAAGUAAAGAAAAAAAGGAAAGUGAGCCUGCGGGUGCUUUCCCUAGUCAAGGCGCUCCAGUUGCAUCUCUUGACUUAGAACAGGAACAGCUCACAAUCAAAGCUCUUAAAGAGUUGAGUGAGAGGCAGGGUGAGACGGCAGCUUCUGCACAGGACAAAACCCAGCCGAAUUCCGCUUUUGCUCCAGAAUCAUCUUUGCCACAGAGAUCUUUUGAUGUCUUAGAACAUACCGUUGUCAAGACUGGAUCUGAUCUUGAGGUUUCCAAGAAACCCACUAUUGUCAAAGAAACUACUAAGCUAGAUACUAUUUCCAGCCUUAGCAAGACUGAACUGGUAAACGAGCAUAUUCUAGCAAGACUUCUGACAGCAUUCUCAGUGCACGAUCUGAUUUUCUGGCGAGAUGUGAAGAAGACUGGCUUUGUGUUUGGCACCACACUGAUCAUGCUGCUCUCCUUGGCAGCUUUCAGCGUCAUCAGUGUGGUUUCUUACCUCAUCCUGGCUCUUCUCUCUGUCACCAUCAGCUUCAGGGUCUACAAGUCUGUCAUCCAAGCUGUGCAGAAGUCAGAAGAAGGCCAUCCAUUCAAAGCCUACCUGGAUGUGGACAUCACUCUGUCCUCCGAGGCCUUCCACAAUUACAUGAACGCUGCCAUGGUUCACAUCAACAAGGCCCUGAAACUCAUCAUUCGCCUCUUUCUGGUGGAAGAUCUGGUGGACUCCUUGAAGCUGGCUGUUUUCAUGUGGCUGAUGACCUACGUUGGGGCUGUUUUCAAUGGGAUCACUCUUCUGAUUCUCGCUGAGCUGCUCAUUUUCAGUGUUCCGAUUGUCUAUGAGAAGUAUAAGACCCAGAUUGAUCACUAUGUUGGCAUCAUUCGUGAUCAGACCAAGUCAGUGGUUGAAAAGAUCCAAGCAAAACUCCCUGGAAUUGCCAAAAAGAAGGCAGAAUAAGCCCAUGGAAAACCGAAACGCAACAGUUCCUAAAACACCGUUUAAUAGUUCUAAUGUUGUUACUUGUACUCUGAAGGAAGUGCUCGGUGUCGGCGAGAGCCGCAUUCCAAGCUUUCUAGUUUCAUUUGGUGUUUCUCCCCUCCUUUCCCUCUGCCCCCACUAUCAGGCACAAGACUCGGUGGACUAAACGAGGAAUUAAAACCUUCGAAUUAAAAAGGAUAAAGAGAGAAUCAGAUUACUAGGAUAAAUCAGUACUAACGGUGGUGGAGCUGACCUGUAGCUUGAAAGGGGGAAAAGUUUGGAGGUAAAGGAGGAAAAAGGGAAGAGCAAGACACGUGCGAUCUUGGGUUCUUCUGUUCAGUUUUUAAAGACUAGUCUUAACAGAGCUUCCCUCAGUUUUUUCCCUUGUUUUUUAAGUUAAGAAAUAAUGAUUAACUUAUGAAGAAACCGGGGCAGGAGUGGGAUCCCUCCCGCGGGUCUGUUUCCUUCGGACCCCCCCUUUCUCCCUCCCCUUCCUGCCCCGCAGUCGAGCAGCUAUUCCUGAGGUCCCCCUUAAUGAGAGAACUUUGAACUCUGAAUGCUUCCAGGUGAGAGUGAGGGUCCCCAAGUCCCCGCACCCCGUCUGCUGGGUGUUGGGGCUGGACAGGCUCCACCGUGGGGAAGGUGGUGGCGUUUCUUCGGGCACUAGUUCUGAGCUUUAGUUUGAGGACUCACUCCUGACUGUGCUUCCCUCCCCCUCCAGGUUAAUAAUAUGGUUAUCCCUUUCUUAUUAUGAAAUAAAUGUCUGUAACUGCUGUACACUGCUGUAACUUGUUAGAGAACAAACUAAUAACCUGCAUGUGAGCUCCUCAGUUAUUGAGUUCUUGUGAUCCUAUCUCAGUCCGGGGAGGGUGAGUUCCAGAAACCGAACCAAACCCCACGAAGGCCCUUGCCCUUCCUCCCCUCCCCCCCGUCUCCUCCCCUCCCCAUCUUAACCUGCGCAUUCUGACCCUGACACCAAGCUCAGCGGCUGGCUUGCAAGACUGUCGUGUCUCAGGAGAGAGUGCAUUUUGUGAUUCUGACUUGGAGGCUAGCUCGCGGGCUCUGCCUUGUGUCCAUGGUUCCUCUCCUUUCCGGGCACACCUAGAGAGCGUUUUCCCAAGUUUUAGGUGAGGGUAGCAGACUGGACCAGGUUAUGUUGUUAUGUUGUUGGCCUCCAAGCGCACUUAGAAAAUACCAGAACAGCUCACGCUGACAUCUAACAGAGGGGCACCUGCAACCUGUUGGAGAGCGUUCCGUGUCUUCCUCCCCUUCCUGCCGAAGCAUGUGAAAAGAAGAGGCGCAGUCAGCUCCUUCGGGGUGUGACUCCUCCUCGCCCCCAUAGCCCGGGAGUGUGCCUCAGUGAUGUUACAGCGCGGGCUGUGCUGACAGUUCCGAAACAUGCAGCUCGGAAGGGGACGAGGACCUCGUCUACUUUUUCAGGGAAGUUACUUAGGAAGUUAGAUGGGUGCAAGACAGCCUCGCUCCAUACUCUCUUCAGCCGCCUCCUGCCCUCCCAGGAAGCCAAGGACCCGGCCUUCCCCUCCCAAGGACGUUUCUUGCACCAGAAGCCUCCUCACCUCGCUCUCUUGUUUUGUUACUGCUGUGUUUAGAUAAUUCGACAAAACUCUUUCUCGUGCCACACAGGGGGGAAAAAAAAGGUCUUAUAAGAAAAGCCUCUAGAUGAAAAAUUGCUAAUGAAACUGUGCGUGUGUGUACAACAUAAAAUACAGUAGCACCUAUGGAGCUUGGCCUUGGUUCCUGUAAAAUUGAAAAUUGAUGUAUUAAUAAAAAACAAAAACCAGUA